CUUCUUCCGAAUCAAUCCAAAAUGUCGUACAGAAACACAUCAGCAAAAGAUGCGCCCUUGUACGGAGCGCCCAAGCCGGCAAAGAAACAAAAGUCGUCGCGUGAGAUCAACUCCUCAAACACCCUCGCCUUCACUUCGCAGCUGGAAUCCUUGAUCAACUCUGGUACCAACACAUCACCUCGCUCAACCACCACCUCAUCACGACCACGCGCAAAGAAGGAAGACAUUUUCGCCUCACACAAUCGCAAUGUCAAGAAGAGAGCUGCUAGGGACCUCGAAGAUGACUCUCCCGCCUUUGAUCAGAAACACAGCACAUCCUCCGAAGCCCUAGAUUCCUCAGCAUGGCACCGCUCAAAGCGAAAGAUGGAAGAAAAGGCUCGCCUCUACGCCGCCAUGAAACGAGGCGACGUCGGCGAUGAGAACGAUACACACCUAGUCGACUUUGAUCGCAAAUGGGCCGACCAACAGGACAAACAGCUCUCCGAUCAGUCCUCUUCAGAAGAUGAAUCAGACAGCGACAAAGAGAUGGUAGAAUGGGAGGAUGAAUUUGGCCGUACACGUACAGGCACUGCCGCUCAACGCGCCCGUGAACAGCGACUUGCUCAACUCGGCUCAGAAGCUGCAAUGCGCUCGCGACCGGACAUGCCUACAAACCUCAUCGUCGGAGAUACCGUACAAGCUUCUGCCUUCAACCCAGACGAGCCUGUUGCACAACAAAUGGCCGAUCUUGCUGCUAAACGCGACAAGUCACUCACACCUCCGCCAGACACUCACUUCGACUCUUCCAAGGAGAUUAGACAGAAGGGUGUUGGCUUCAUGCAGUUCAGUCACGAUGAUCAAGAGCGCAAGAGACAGUUUGAGAACCUAGAGAUGGAGAGAGCUGAGACGGAAAGAGUGAGAGCUGAACGCGAGAAGAGGCUGAAGGACCGCAAAGACGAGAUUGAGAAGAGACGAAAUGCCAUCAGGCAGAAGCAAGGUAAGAAACAAGCCGACGACUUCUUGACUGGUCUGGGUAAAGAGCUGGGUGCACAACCGGCCAAGGAAGAAGAUGCAGCCGUAAAGGAGAACACAGAAGACUCUUGAGUAUGUUGCCACGCACGACUUAACGAAUCAAUGAACAUAUUACUACAAAGCAUAGCCCUCGAUUCCAGAACCCAAGCUGUGUCUCGGCGUCCGUCCUGAUGACUGUCUGCUUCUCACUGCCCCCUUCCUUUAUCUCUCUGUCUGAAAACACGCACGAUCGCACACUUUCCCCUUUCCGCAUAUAAGGUAGGUAGCUUGUACAUUCUACAAUCAUUCACUAA